CACACACACCACCCCACCCCCAUAUUUGGACGGCGCAUACAUAGCUAAAAACGAAGUACAGUGCAACGCCAUAAUUCACUAAUACAUCAUAAAUCGUUGAAAGUACCCGCGUUAUAACGACCAAGAGAAAUCUAACAAAUCAAGCGCCCCUUAGUACUCAGCUGUAAGCCUGCAACUCUCUAAAACAACCUAAAUGAGCUCUUACUUUGUAAACUCGUUCUCGGGGCGCUACCCAAAUGGCCCCGACUAUCAACUGCUAAAUUAUGGAGCCGGCAGCGGCGCAAUGAACGGCGGGACGUACAGGGACUCUUCCUCCGCCAACAUGCACCAUGCGACGGGCUCUUAUGGCUACAGCUACAAUGGCAUGGACCUGACCGUCACCAACCGGGGAGGGGGGAGCGGCAGCUCCGCCAACACCGGAGGACACUUCGGGGGCGUCUCGGUCGUCGGGGACUCCCGGGGCUUCGACUCCCCAGCACCGGAGACGGGCUUCAGGCAGCCGUCCAGCUGCUCCCUCGCUUCUCCGCCAGACUCCCUCCUGUCACCCGGUAGUGGAGACAACAAACUGGGCGCCCAGAGCUCGUCUCCCCGCUCGGAGCAACCAGGAAGCGGUAAUCUCAGCUCUCCAAACCUGUCCUCCACCUCCUCCGGCGGCGGUGGCGGAGGCACGGCGCAGCACUUCACGGAGCUGGACGACGCGUCGCCUGAGACCGAGGAGUUGCAGCACAACCGGGACGCCGGCCACGGCAGCAACCCGCCGCCCAGGAACGGGCAGAGGCAAGAGGGCGACCGGGCGGGAUCAGCCGCUGGCAACACGACGUGCAGCGAGGCUCAGCCACCACAAAUAUUCCCCUGGAUGAGAAAGCUGCACAUUAGCCAUGAUAUGACAGGCCCGGACGGGAAACGGGCGCGGACGGCGUACACCCGCUACCAGACGCUCGAGCUGGAGAAGGAGUUCCACUUCAACCGGUACCUCACGCGGCGACGACGCAUCGAGAUCGCGCACGCACUUUGCCUCACGGAGCGGCAGAUCAAAAUCUGGUUCCAGAACCGGAGGAUGAAGUGGAAGAAGGACAACAAACUGAAAAGCAUGAGCCUCGCCACUGCAGGCAGCGCCUUCCAACCCUAAAAAUUAACCCAUUUUAAAAUCCACACGUCCAUAUCUUUGGAAAGGUUACCACCAAGCUUCAAAGGAGGGAAAAGAGGGACAGUCGAGAAAAAAAAGAAAGAACCUUGAAGAAAAACAAAGAAUGGAGCAAAGAAGACGGUGAUGAAGAAAGGUGCACAAACAGAUUCCAAAUCUAGAUUUAAAAAACACUUCCUCUCAUCAGCUGAGUACUGUACAGCAGCGCAGCACUUUUUAUUUGUUCGGCAUGUCGGUCUUUGGUGUUUUACAGCGUAAAAUGACUGUGGUACUUGCUCUUGUAAAAAACAAAAACGUAGUGUUCCUGUAUGUUGUCGUCGUUUUUAAAAACCUGUCCGGAGCAGAGGAGUCGAGAAAAGGAAAGGAUGAAUGAUGCUACCUAACUACGUUUCUACUUACGUCCUACCUUACAACCGUGCUACCUACCUGUUGUUUAAUGUCUAAAUAUCGUUUUAUGUGUCAAGUGCGAUGUUUUAUAUUUGACAAAGUGCUUUCUAGAGAUGUUAGCAUGUGAGCUCUUAUUGUAAGUUGUUUACAGCCAAUAACGUGUGUAUAGCCUUCUAGUUUGAGUUUCUCUCUCUGUCAGUUACUUGCUUUUCAAAUCUGCUCCUAUUUUUAUUUAGGAAGCAGGGAAGGUGUGCAUGUGUGUGUGCGGCGUGUACGUAUGUGUGUGUUUGUCAAAGAACAAACCAUCCAACCCUAAUGUUGUGUAUAGCUCUAUUACUCAAAAAGGUGUAACUGUAUAUUAUUGUUAUUAUUAUUGUAAUUAUUGGAUACAUGUUUCAGAAAGGAUGUAUAUAGAUAUAUAUUGACAUUUUUAAAUGUCCAGUUGGCUAUUUGUAGUUGCAGUAUGUGUGCGUGUGUGAGUGCGUGUCUGAAUGCGUGCGUGUGUGGCUUGUGAGAGUGUGUGAACAUAUAAGAGAAAUGGCUACCGUCCUGUAAGGCUUGUAAGCUUUCUGCCAAUGAGCGUUUUGUAUUUGUUUGUAACUUGGAGUAAAAAACAACAACAAUAAAGUUCCCCAUACUCACGAAAA